AUGGCUUCGAACAUCCAUCCCGUCUUCCGCCAAGGAGCAACAGCGCUCAUCACUGGAGCUGCCUCUGGGAUUGGGCUCCUGACAGCCCAGCUUUGCUAUUCACGCGGCAUGAACUUGGUGCUCCUCGACAAAAACGAAACAGCCCUCGCUCAAACGACCAAACAAUUCCCAACGACGAACUCCAGCAAAACGACUACCCAUGUAAUGGACGUCUCCUCAAUUUCAGCCUGGCAAAAUCUAGCUCAACAAGCGAAAGGCCUCUACCCGCAAGGAAUCGAUUUCCUCAUGCUAAACGCCGGUGCGGGACCAACCCCCGCAGAGGGGUUAACCCAGUGGGAAGACGCGCAUUACUUCGCGAGAACAUUCGCGAUAAACACACUCGGUUACACAAAUGGACUCGCAUCAUUCCUCGGAACUGUAACGGGUGCGAAGGACAUCCCACGCGCAAUUGUGUUGACGGGCUCAAAGCAAGGCAUAACCAAUCCACCAAGUAAUCCUGCCUACAAUGCCUCCAAAGCAGCCGUGCGGACGAUUGCUGAGCAUUUGGCCUUUGAUUUGGCUGAGACUGCUCCAAACGUGAGUGUUCAUUUACUCAUUCCCGGGUGGACUUAUACUGGUUUCCAUACGGAGACAUUCAAGGAGAAGCCGGAUGGUGCUUGGACCUCUGAGCAAGUUGUUGGGUUUAUGGAUCGGAAAAUGGCCGAGGAUGUGUUUUAUAUUCUUUGCCCUGAUAAUGAAGUUACUGAGGACUUGGAUAAGCGGAGGAUCCGUUGGGCUAGUGAUGACAUUAUUUAUGGACGGCCACCUUUGACGAGAUGGAGGAAUGGGUGGAAGGAUAUUGCUCAGCGUGGAAUUGCAGAACUGCAGCUUUGA